AGGGUUGGAGCCGCUCUUCGCCGUCUCUGUUUCCGCCUCUGCUGCUCGUCAGAAAGAGGAAUUCGAGUUUUCCGAUCAUCGUUAGGGUUAAGAUCCCUCGAUCUCGUGGGGCUCCUCCUCACCCUGUCCCGGAUGCGCGAACGACGGAAAUCCAAUGGGAAAAUGGAACCCUCGGACGAGGGCGAGGCCGCGCCAUCGAUUGUCUUCCUCAGCAGUAGCGACGAUGAGGAGGCGAACGAGGACCUUAGCCUCGCCAUCGUCAAGAAGGCGCGCCAGCGCGAGGCGAAGCGGAAGUGGUCCGAGGGCGCCCUCGGCCCCGGUCCCGUCUCUGCCGUCUCGCUGGCUCACGUCAUUGAGAUUUCCUCCUCUUCUCCUCAAUCCUCAGGCGAGGCGGAGCUUGCCUCUGAUCCGACCCCUGCCCCUUCUGCCGGAGGUUUGAUGUCUCCCAUGGAGGAGACGAAGAACAUGCAGAAGAAGCCGAAGAAGAGGAGGAGGAACAAGAAGAAGAAGCAGUUGGAAGAGAAGGAAGUUCUGCAGGUGGAUACUAUAGUCGAAGAAGAGAAGCCAUCGGGGCCGCCAGAGUCUGUGAUCACUGAGGUGAAUGAAACAUCGGACAAUCUGGUUUUUCGAAAGCUUCUUCGUGGGCCAAGAUAUUUCUAUCAUUGGGAAAACACUGUGGGGUCUUGCUUCAACUGUGGGGAAGAGGGCCAUACAGCUGCAAAUUGUACUAUGGAGAAGCGGCAGAGACCUUGCUUUGUUUGUGGGUUGUUUGGUCAUAAUGGAAAGCACUGCUUACAGGGACAAGAUUGUUUUGUUUGCAAAAGAAGAGGCCACCAUGCAAAAGACUGCCCUUACAAAAAUAAAAAGGUUGCUCAGUGUUCAGAAAUUUGCCUGCGGUGUGGAGAGACAGGACAUGUUAUGUUGUCAUGUAGAAAUGAUUAUUCACCUGAUGACUUGAAGGAGAUGCAAUGUUAUGUUUGCGGAAAGUAUGGUCAUCUAUGUUGUGUUAACUUCACAGAUACUGGUCCAAGAGAAUCCUUUUGUUACAAUUGUGCUAAGCCUGGCCAUACUGGCUUGGGGUGUGCAAAGCCACGUGGUGAUAGUGUUGCUGUUGAUUCACCAGCUGUGUGCUGUAUUUGUCAUGAAGAAGGACAUUUUGCACGAGGUUGCACAAAAAGGACUAAGUCUUCUAGAAAGAUGGGCGAAUCAUUAACACCUCAGACGUUUGACAAGAAGAAUAGGAGGUCUAGGGGAUUUAAGUCCGUCCCUCGUGAUUUUGGUAAAGAACGAAAAAAGAAAAGCUUGGUAUAUGAAGAAAGAAGGAACAUGACAGCCAGUAAGUUGAAAACAAGAGGUGGUUGGAUUGUUGAUGAUCCAAGUGAUCUUCCUAAGAAGAAAUUCAGAGCAAAUAAUUAUUCAUCACCUGUGACACCAACACAAAGGAGCCAAAGAAAUUAUUCAUCAGGUUUUAGUGGGCAUUCUUCAAGUUUUCAUACUCCUAAGAGAUGGAAGUCUUACACUGGAACUCCCAAUUCUCAUGCUACAGUAAAGGCCUUGCAUCGAGAAUUUUCAUCGUAAAGAUUUAGUAACUCAUUACUAUUUUUGUGAGGGCUUAAAGCAAGAAAUCGUGGGUUCUUUUUCAAAUUAGGCAAAUCUGCAGAAGUAUUCUCUUUGUUUGAAACAAGUGCUCCUGAAGUGAUCCUCAAUGCCUCCUUGAUACAGGGCCUUAUCUUGCAUUGUUCUUUUAGCAGUUCAGGGGUGCUGUAAUUCUUGACAAAGGUAAGCAUCUAUCAUAUGCUUUGUUAACUUUCUUGUUUGAAAGUUGAAUAGAUUUGAAAUUGUUAUCAAAAUAUUUGAAUUGGGACUAAUACAAAAUUUUAUUUGGAGAGCAAAAAAAGAUGCUCGUGAACACAUAAUAGUUGUAUCAUUUAUGAUUUUUACCAGAUUGAUUCUCUUAGGUUUCCUAUUAUAUUAUUUCAGGGGUUGCUUAAUCAUUUAGAAUAUUCGAAACAAUGUGUUUGUAUGUAUGGGUGCAACUUGGAGAAUACGUUUUGAAUGCUGCAAGUGCAAGUCAUAAAUUUUAGGGCUUAGAAAUCAGGGAAAAGAUAUCAAGUGUCAUACAUGUUGGCUCUAGUUUUCCAUUUGUUUGUAGCAGCUUUUGUGUCUCAUGAAGUUGUUUUCCAUUGCUCUAAGUUCUAGAUUGGACAAACUAUAGUUUCUACUGUGAAAGUGUUUCUCUUAUCAAACAUGUAUAUUGAGUUGUUCAUCAUGUAUAUAUUAUUUUGUAAGGAAACAACGGCACCAAAACUGGAGCAUCAGGAUUUUACAGAUCGAAGGUUACUUUUAUUGUCUGUUUAGUGUGUAUACCAUGUGUUAUUUCUGCAAAUGAUUGCAGACUGGUGAAGACACAACAAGUUCAUAUCCCCAUUCGAUUUAUUCAUUUCAAUAUCUCCUAAUAUUCUCAGAUUGUAAAAUCAAAUUAUUGGAAGUAUUACUAAUGUCAUCAAUAAUUUUUUUUAUCGAGAACAUUGGUGACAGAUUGUUGAAGUGGACUGCAUCAAUGAAUAGAGUAAUGAGAAGAUUGGAUUAAAUGGCUAAUAUAAGUACAUUACAGGAAAGAUAUUGUGGUUAUGUUUUCAUAUCAUAUGGUUAUUAUAGUUUAUUAGAAACCACAUGGUGUGAACCAGUCAUCUGUUCAAUCCUUUGAUCGUUUAGGUUGGUUGAGGGCCUUAAUACUAAGCAUACUAGAGAUUUGCAUGUACAAGAACACGUGAGUAUGUUCGAAACAGGGGAAGCUAUCACACAAAUGCCAAAAAAAUUAGGAAUUAGAAAAAGAUGGUGCAGAUUCACUGUAAAUAUGACCACAGAAUCCUCACUCAAAGAACAGCUGGCAGUCUGUGUAUGAUGUGAUGUGUUUUGUUGGAUGUAGGUAAUGGAAUGAGAUGAUGCGCAAAGGCACUUCCCCAAGGAAUGAACUUCUGAGUACUAUCUUUUGUUGGCUUGACUUACAUGGCUUCCAGGUUUGUUGGGGAGAUUCUUAUCCUAAUGCAUUUAUACAGUGUUUUUGUAAGUUUGUUGUCCUCUAAUCAGAUGCAAGGAGUCUAUGCAUGGAUUAGAAACUCAGAACUUGUACUGGGUAACUUAUCAAUGUUAACUUUUACUGUGAAAGAAGUUUUGCUCUCUAAUAGGAUAACUUCAUGGUCCCAUCUGUCUACAAUUGCAACUUAAUCAAAUUUCCUUGGAGCCUUUAUAGGCUGGUCCAUGAUUACUUGAUCAACUGUGUUACUUAUAACUGUGUACUUCCUCGACAAAGAAAUUUUUGUGAAGAACAGAAUCUUUGUAUAUGCUAGGGUCUCUAAAGGUACAGAAAGAAAAAAGAUUGUUUACCUUAUCUGGUAGACUUUGUGCAAGAAAGAGCUAGGAACUUUUGCUUUUACUGUCACCAUUUGUUUACCUUCUCUUGUCAGAUGAUGAAGGCUUAUUGGCUGGAAUAGCUGGUUGGUACUUGGAAUAUUUCCUGCAUUCUUCAGUGUUCAUGAUUCCUGCCAGAAUCAAGGGAGCUGAUUCUUUGGUCUUUAAAGAAGUUUGUUUUCUUAUAUGCAGACUCAUUGUUUUGCUUAUCAUUCAUUACCUCGACUUGAAGCUUCUGAUUCUUAAAAGUUUCUUUUGGUGUCAACUUUAAGCAGUUUAUUCCUGUAAUGCCUAUGAUCACUCUGUUGUUGUAUUCCUUCGUUCUUGAGUUCACCUCAUGUUUAUUCA